CGGAAGGCGCGGCGGAUACACGAAGUGGGCGUGGCCGGGAGGACUAUGAAACCCCCUCUCACUGAGCCGGCUCCCCCUUUUCCGUUUCCGGUCGCGGCUGAAGCAGGAGACAGAGAGAGAGCGAAGCGCAGGCCGCGUGUCUGGGGAGGACUCUGCACAAUGUCUGCCCAUCUUCAGUGGAUGAUCGUUCGCAAUUGCUCAAGUUUCCUUAUCAAAAGGAACAAGCAAACAUACAGCACGGAACCAAACAACCUUAAAGCCCGCAACUCCUUCCGCUACAAUGGGCUGAUCCAUCGCAAGACUGUCGGGGUGGAGCCAGCUGCUGAUGGGAAAGGCAUUGUUGUAGUCCUCAAGAAGCGUGCAGGCCAGCGGAAGCCAGCCACUUCCUACGAGAAGAUCACUAUCAACAAAAAUGCACGCGCCACUCUCAGCAGUCUGCGCCACAUCAUCCGCAAGAACAACUACCGCAAGGACCUGCGCAUGGCUGCCUUGCGUCGUGCCAGUGCGAUUCUACGCAGCCAGAAGCCAGUGGUGGUGAAGAAGAAGCGGACCAGGGCUACUAAAGCUCCAUAAACAUCGUUCCCAGAUUACAUAAUAAAGGAUCAUAAUUGGAGUACAAA